GGGCUCCGAAGAGCCGGGAGAUUACCGGGCCGGGACUCGCGGUUACGCUGGGUGCCGGCAGAGCAGCCCGACCCGGAACUGACCGCCGCGGGGAAGAAGCGACCCUGGCCCAGGAUUCGUAGCCGGGAGCUGCGGGCUGGAGGAGAAGUCCCCGACAGUGAACAGGGACCCCUCUGAGCUCAGGACACCAUGGCCACGUCAGCGCCACUGCGGAGCCUGGAAGAGGAGGUGACCUGCUCCAUCUGCCUUGAUUACCUGCGGGACCCGGUGACCAUUGACUGCGGUCACGUCUUCUGCCGCAGCUGUACCACCGACAUCCACCCCGUCUCGGGGGGCCGCCCCGUCUGCCCCCUGUGCAAGAAACCUUUUACAAAGGAGAAUAUCAGGCCUGUGUGGCAGCUGGCCAGCCUGGUGGAGAACAUCGAGCGGCUGAAGGUGGACACGGGCCGGCAGCCGGGGGAGGUGGCCCGGGAGCAGCAGGACACGAGGCUGUGCGAGCGACACCAGGAGAAACUGCACUACUACUGCGAGGACGAUGGCAAGCUGCUGUGCGUCAUGUGCCGCGAGUCCCGGGAGCACAGGCCCCACACGGCCGUCCUGGUGGAGAAGGCCGCCCAGCCCCACAGGGAGAAAAUCCUGAACCACCUGAGUACCCUAAGGAGAGACAGAGACAAAAUUCAGGGCUUUCAGGCCAAGGGAGAAGCUGAUAUCCUGGCUGAGCUGAAGAAGCUCCAGGACCAGAGGCAGCGCAUCCUGGCUGCGUUUGAACAGGGCCACCAGUUCCUGUGGGAGCGGGAGCAGCACCUGCUGGACCAGCUGGCGAAGCUGGAGCAGGAGGUCACAGAGGGCAGGGAGAAGUACAAGACCAGGGGCGUCGGGGAGCUUGCCCGGCUGGCGCAGGUCAUCUCUGAGCUGGAGGGCAAGGCGCAGCAGCCGGCUGCAGAGCUCAUGCAGGAUACCAGAGACUUCUUAACCAGAUAUCCACGGAAGAAGUUCUGGAUUGGGAAACCCAUUGCUCGGGUGGUUAAAAAGAGGACAGGAGAAUUCUCAGAUAAACUCCUGUCUCUGCAGCGAGGCCUGCGAGAAUUCCAAGGGAAGCUGCUGAGAGACUUAGAAUAUAAGACAGUGAGCGUCACCCUCGAUCCCCAGUCGGCCAGCGGGUACCUGCAGCUGUCGGAGGACUGGAAGUGCGUGACCUACAGCGGCCUGUACCAGAGCUCUUACCUGCACCCCCAGCAAUUUGAAUGUGAGCCGGGGGUGCUGGGCAGUAAGGGCUUCACGUGGGGCAAGGUCUACUGGGAGGUGGAGGUGGAGCGGGAGGGCUGGUCCGAGGAUGAAGAGGAGGGGGACGAGGAGGAAGAGGGGGAAGAGGAGGAGGAGGAAGAGGAGGCCGGCUACGGGGCCGGAUUCGGCUACGGGGACGGAUACGACGACUGGGGAACGGAUGAGGACGAGGAAUCGCUGGGGGAUGAAGAGGAAGAGGAGGAGGAGGAGGAGGAGGAAGUUCUGGAAAGCUGCAUGGUGGGGGUGGCCAGAGACUCGGUGAAGAGGAAGGGGGACCUCUCCCUGCGGCCGGAGGACGGCGUGUGGGCGCUGCGCCUCUCCUCCUCCGGCAUCUGGGCCAACACCAGACCCGAGGCCGAGCUCUUCCCGGCACAGCGGCCCCGGAGGGUGGGCAUCGCCCUGGAUUACGAAGGGGGCACCGUGACUUUCACCAACGCAGAGUCGCAAGAACUCAUCUAUACCUUCAAGGCCACCUUCACCCGGCGCCUGCUCCCCUUCCUGUGGCUCAGGUGGCCGGGAACACGCCUCCUGCUGAGACCCUGAGCCCCGACUCUGCUCCCGGCCCCACCCCCACCGAUGCCUCAGGUCUCUGGGCUCUGACGGGGGAGGAGAGGCCAACGGAGCACCUCGAGCAGGCGAGGGGAGGAACCCCCAGUCGGCCGCCACUCCCUCCUUGUGGCUGUGGCCCCCUUGGGACCUCACCCAGUGCUAUUCCCUCUGUCCAGCCCUCUUCUCCCGCCUCCGGAGGUUCCUGUGCGGACUUCCAACCCUGAAGUCCAUGAGGGCUCCUCCCUCCUGCCCACUGCCUUCAACCCAGCCUCAGCCUCUCCUUGGCGAGCAGAGGCAAGGCAGCAUUUUCUUGCCCCCCUGUUCUUGGGAAAGACCAAACUGGUCUUUGGUCUUGGUACACCCAAGGCCAUUUUUCUGUCCUCCAAUCCCAUGACUUCCCCUUUGCCCAAAUCUGCUUCUUUACCUGCCUUCCCUGGCCCUUUAAACACACCUGCUGCCGCCCUGACUCAGAGUUAAAGGCACAUGGAAAUGUUGGACAUGAACUGAGUGGCAGUCCACUGAGACUUCCCAGGCCGUUUAAGGUGCCUGGGGCUAGUGAAAAGCAUCUGCUCAGAAGGUCCAGAGAGGAGUCCCUGCUUCUCUGGGACCCAAGCUGAGCAUGUGAGGUUUCUAGCACGAGGAGGUGGGACUCCCUGAAGCCACCUGUGGUUUAAGAGGAAGGAUCUGGAUACAUGUGGCAUUAGGGUAGUUGUGAUCAGUGAUCAAUAAAUUAUCUCUCUGUGCUGGUCCUCCUGAGGAAAGUUUUUAAAAGAAUCCAGAAUAUUCGAUAGUUGAUUAGUUUAUAUAAAAAAGCACCAGGGUGAAUAUCCAGUCAGGCAAGACCGCCCCUGCCUUGCUAGCCCUGAUCAGGGUACCAGCAGGGUAUUAAGCUUCCGCACUGGCCCCACUCAACGCCCAGGUUCCAUUUUCCCGGGAGAGGGGCUGGGGAGGGCAAGACAGGGCUGUGCCGGCUGAAGAGAGGAAGGCAGCCAGCAACCCCAACAACCCACCAGGUCUUCCCAUCAAGAGGGAUCAAAGUGUUGGUCACUGUCCAUGGGCCCAACCCAAGUCCCAGAGUCUGUCCAGGCUCCCUUCGUGUGCACAGUUUAACGCAACCUCCUGCUCCAGGCAGUUACCUUGCAGCCUAGCAGUUACCCAUUCCGGGCGCUCUGCCAAUGCCCGCCCCGCCCCCGCUCUGGGAGACUGUUCCCAGCCCCUGCGGAUCUCAGUGGUCUCUUGGCCACUGCAUUGUCUGAACUUGCACUCUUUGUACACAUCACAUGCUGCCUGAGUCCCAUGUACAUCUGACUUCUGCCUCUCGUUUUGUAAGUUCUUUGAGGGCGGAUAACCAUAUCUUGUACUUCUCUUGUAUUCUCCAUGGCACCUGAUGCAGUGCUGGGCACAGAGUAGGUGCUCAAUAAAAACUUGUUGAAUGAA